AUGGCUGCGGCAGUCUUGAGCAAGUCCUCCGGGGUGCCGGGCGGCUCGUCGCUUUCCCCGUUUCCGUCUGGGGACGAGUCGGGCAUUCCAACGGCGGAGCGACAGCGGCCGAGUCAGCCGACUCCGCGUGCGGCGCUCGAGACUGGCGCUGAAAGGCACGAAGGAGACGCUGCGCCCGCGGAACCCCGAGGCUCCAACUCGACUGCAUGCGGCGAAGAGGACGAGGCUAGCUGGAGCCAAAGAGAGAGGAACGCUGACGGGAAGAGAGACAGGAGACCCAGCGACGCGCGCGAGACGCUCAAAGGCGCUCUCGCCCCGGAUCGGCUUCGCGUCGAGAAGAGCGAGACGCCUCACAACGAAGGGGAGAAAUGCGAGCAGACACAAGCCCUGAGGCAAGGCCGCUCCACGGAAGCGAGCAGUGAAGAACAGGAAGCACGGCUACCCGAGGGCGCGGGAGAGGAGCAGAGGGGGGACACGGGGGCCCAGCGUCCAACGGCCGAAUGCGCCGUCUUUGUCGACCAGGGAGGAAUGCCCGGGGCGAACGGCACGGGGAAAGACGAGACCCCAGCGUGCGAGGCGCGCCCCUGCAGUCUUGAACGCGGAAAAGGCGAACGCGACGAGGCCGAGCCGGAGGACGACGCGGCCUGGCAUUCUCGUCAUCUUCGUCCGUUCGGGCCAUGUACAGUCGUGGUGAAAGACAUUUGCUUCACCCUCCCUCCGAAACGAGACUCGAAGAAAUCACACGCUCUCCGGCGGUGCUGGGCCGCCGUCUGGGCGUUCCUCGUCUUCUCAAAGUACGUCCUGACGCUGACCGUGCAGCGACUCGGCUGCCGGCGGCGCGCGGCAGGCAGGCAGCAAGAGUACGUCCCGAGUCCACCCAGUGACGUGCAGGAUAGGCGCGUGGAUGCGACCUGCAACGAGAGGGACGCGGGCGGCGCCAGGGAGGAGGCGAACGCGGAGGCGCAGCGAGGUCUGGACCGUGCACAUUUGAAAGAGGCCGGAGCGUGCAGUGGCAAACGCGAACGGGCAACAAGCGAAGACGUCGCGACUGCGGAGAAAGCCACACAAGAUAAAGAGGACAGCCCGGAGCGACAGACGAUUCUGCAUCCGUUCUCUGCAGUCUUUGACGCGGGCACCAUGACGGCGGUGAUGGGUCCAAGCGGGUGCGGGAAAACGACGCUGCUCAACUUGUUAGCCAACCGCGCGCCGGCGCGACAAAGCGGCGGCGAGGUGUUUGUGAACGGGAAGCCCCGCGACCGCACGUUCAACCGACGAGUGGCCUUUGUUCAGCAAGAGGACAUCUUCGACGGGAAGGAGACCGUGCGGGAGUGUUUGGAAUUUUCGCGGGACUUGCGCAUGAAUUUCGCGGCGAUUCAAGAUCCGACAGAAAGACAGAGAGCUGCUGACGCGUACACCGACCAAGCCUUGCGCGUCUUGGGGCUCCAGGCCGUGGCCGAUAGUCCGGUGGGGAACGAGGCUAUCCGCGGCGUCUCUGGCGGCCAAAAACGAAGAGUCACUCUAGGCCUCGGUCUGAUGAGCGACGCUCAGAUUUUCCUCUGCGACGAGCCGACAACGGGUUUGUCGGCUGCUGACGCGCUGGCCGUCGUUCGCACGUUGCGGCGGUUGUGCGACGUGUACAGUGUGACGGUCGUUGCCGUCAUUCACCAGCCGUCGAUGCAGAUCCUCUCGCUGUUCGACAACCUGAUUCUGCUUUCCUGCGAAGGCCGCUGCGCCUACAACGGGAAAGUCGUCAGCUGUCAACCGUGCUUCGAGAGCUGGGGCUUCGCCUUUCCGCUCCACCAAAACCCCGCGGACUACCUCAGUGACCUCGUCUCCCCACACAAGGGAUUCCCCGCGAGGCUCGCCGCCCUCUACGCAGCGCGAGAGCUCCCAGGCGUCAAGGCGCGCGUCGCCGAAGCGCUGCGGGGCGAGGCCGCGCAGAGCGACGCCAAGGGACAAACAGGAACCAGAGGAUCCGGGUGUUCGCGCUCCGAGUCGGAGCCAGAGGCCGCGUCGCCGUCGUCGCGCGGGGUCUUGCCGGUUGCGGGAGCGCAAGCGGCCGAGCUGCUUCACGGCCCGAGUUGGUGGACUCAGUUUUCGACGAUUGCGCGGCGCAGUGCGCGCCUGUGGUUGCGCGACCGGAGCACGGUGGCGGCGAUUUACGCCGACGCAGUCGUGGAGGGAGCGAUCCUCGGCCUGGUGAUGUUGGGCGUACGGCAGCGGCAGCCGCCGUACUACCAGCUGUCCGCCCUGUAUCUCUUUGUCUUCUGCGCGUGCGCCUCAGCCCUCUGGACGAUCCCUCUGUAUGUCCAGCAGAAGGCGCAGUUCAUCAUGGAAGCCAGUGGGGGGUACUACUCGCCGGAGCCGCACUACCUCGGCACGACCUGCGUCACGACCUGCAUCAUCGCAGGCUCCGACGUCGUCCUCUGUUGCAUUCUCUGGGUCCUCGCCGGCUUCGAGUGGGCGACGCUGCCGUUCUCGCUGUUUGUCUCUAUUCUUGCCUACCUGGUGGUGGACGGCGCGUUCUACCUCGCCACACUCGCGAGCACCUCCUUCGCGCACGCCAACAGCGUGACGUCGGUGCUGUUCAUGAUCUUCAUCUUCGUCAACGGGUUCUCCACGAAUCCACAAAGCAUGCCUUUCUGGAUUUGCUGGAUGAGCUACAUCUGUCCCUUCUUCCUCGCCUUCGAGGCCGCAGCCAUCGAGGUGAUGCGCGACUACCGCUUCGCCUCCGGAGAGGGAGUUGCGCAAGGCGGUGCCGGCCAAGCCGCCGACUCCACAGACCCGGAGCAGCUCGGCGCCUUGGCCGUCGCUUCCGCGGAAGACCUCUUCCAGCAGUACGGCCUCGCCGGCAGGGUGUACGGCGCAACGGUGAAUCCGGAAGUCUACGUCUGGGCCGUCGACGUCGUGCUUCUCCUCUUCAUGGCCAUCGGCAUCAAAGGAUUCGCCAUGCUGUACCAGAGCUGGUGGGUAGUGCCCAGACCGCAAGGCCCUCUAAUCGGGCGCUGGCUAAAGGACGCCGUACAGGAGGCGAAAGGAAAGAGCGCGUCGGGAACGACUUGCAAGGAGAGACAGCGCCAGAGUGCCUAG